AGAUAUUUUAGUUCAAUGCUGAUUUUUGAGUACGAUUGUGGGGAGAGUCUUAGCCAGGAACAAAUACGAUCUAUGGGUUCAAUACCUCCUGAGCUGACCCUAGCUGAAAGAAUGGAGGAUCUAGUACUGGGAGGAAAGUUUAAGGUUCUGCCUAGCACAGAUCAAAUCAAGGAGUUGCAGACCAUUAUUAGGGACAAGGCAACCUCCAGGUCGGAUUUCAAGUUUGUCGCGGACAGGUUGAUCAGGAUGGUGAUAGAGGAGGGGUUGAACCAGCUGCCAUACACCAGCUGCGAGGUGACAACACCUACAGGCUGUUCAUAUUCAGGACUCAGGUAUGAGAAGGGAAACUGUGGAGUAUCUAUUGUUAGAUCUGGAGAAGCAAUGGAAAAAGCGCUUCAAGACUGCUGUAGAUCUAUGCGUAUUGGAAAAAUUUUGGUUGAUUCGGAUUCUGAGACUCAUGAGGCUCGGGUAGUUUUUGCCAAGUUCCCUGAUGAUAUAGCUAACAGGAAGGUUCUCCUGCUCUACCCUAUCAUGAGCUCAGGGAACAAGGUUGUCAAGGCAGUUAAAGUUCUCAAGGAUCAUGAUGUUCCAGAGAAGACAAUGUCCUAUACACUCUACCAGGGGACAAGGAUAGGACAGGCUCUCAAAGAAGCACUCGAAGAAAUGGAGGAGUAUGAGCAGAUUAGUCCCAAUGUGAAGAGAACUAUAAUGAGAAAGUUUGAUGAAACUAUCUGUGAUACUCUACAGAAUCAAGUGGAUAACCGACUCAUCAUGCGAGCUGAUCGCCUCUGGUCAUUCAGAUUUUGUGAUUCUGUCUGGCAGCUUCUUCUGAAGAAUGUUGAGUUCUUGACCAGCUCAGGGAACCUUGUUGCAUCAGUUAACGGCAAGGUGAAGAUAGUUGCAUGUGAUGCUCGGAAACCUGAUCGAAGAUGAUUGAUCUGAUGAUUUCUCUCCUGUUCUAAUCUAGUUCAUUACAAUCAAUCCGAUUUUAUUAAUCAGUUAUAUCAAUCACACGUUAGAUUACAUUCGUUAAAAUAUUUCAAUGACUUAUUUCCAUUAGAAAACAUUCACUUAUACAACAUCAAGAUGCUUCAUUUAGGAUUCAAACAUCAACAUAUUUCAUUGAUAAAACAUUUAAAUGAAAAUCUUCUUUAAUCACAAAUCAGAGUUCAGUUUUCUAAAUUCUUUUUGUUUACACUUUUAGUAUGUAUAUUAUUUCUAUCAGAAUCCACUCAAAACCAAAGAAUUUUCCGCAUUUGAGAUUUGAUUUUAGUUGAUCUGCAUGCGUUUUCAUUAUUAUUCUGUACAUGUUACAUAAUUGCAAAAAUAAAGUCAAGACAAUUUGA